GCCCGGCGAUGGCGGGCCCCGGCCCCGGCCCCAGCCCCAACCCCGGCCUCUGGUACCACCGCGACCUGAGCCGGGCGGCGGCCGAGGAGCUGCUGGCGAGGGCCGGCCGGGACGGCAGCUUCUUGGUGCGGGACAGCGAGAGUGUGAGCGGGGCCUACGCGCUGUGUGUGCUGUUUCAAAAGCAUGUGCAUACUUACAGGAUCUUACCCGAUGAAGAUGAUUUUCUGGCUGUACAGACGUCGCAAGGGGUGCAGGUGAGGAGAUUCAAAACCCUGAAUGAGCUCAUCACGUCCUACCUUCAGCCAAACCAGGGCCUGGUCAGCACCCUGCUCUACGUGGUGGAGAGAGAGGACAAGAAGGAGACGGCAGAGGACAAGGAUUACUCAGAUGGUGAAGAUGACAAGCCGCCGCUGCCCCCGCGCUCUGCCUCCACCAGCACCUUCACGGGCAGCACCGGUCCAUGCCUCUCCCCCGUGGCACAGGACGGCACAGCUGACAGUGCCGCCAACGGAAUGACCACCAUGUCGCACGAGUACCUGAAGGCCAGCUAUCCUUUGGACCUGGAGGCUGUCAAGGCCGGAGCCACCACCCUCCCACACCUCAACAAAGCAUUGGUCACAUCCUGCAAGAGGCUCAACAGUGAAGUUGAUAAAGUCCUGGCUGGCUUGGAGAUUCUAUCGAAGAUAUUUGACCAGCAGAGUUCUCCAUUGCUGACACGCUUAAUACAGCAGGCCAGCUGUCAGGGUGGAGACCAGGAGCUGGAGAACCUGGUGAUGAAGCUGUCCGUGCUGAAGGACCUGCUGUCAUCCAUGGAGCGCAAGGUGCGUGCGAUCACCGCCAGUUCUGCGGUAUUUUCCACUUGUCCACUUUUGCUGGACGUGAGUCGGCCUUUGGUGAAUUGUGGUUUUGUUUCUCCAUCAGUUUGGCAGCUGAUAAAGUCUCAACGCGUGCACAACAAGCUAGGAAUUGUGUUCGAGAAGGACAAGGACAAGACGCAGAGGAAAGACUUCAUCUUUGAAACCACGAGGAAGCGAGAGGCGUUUUGCCAACUGCUGCAGCUGAUGAAGAACAAACAUUCGAAGCAGGAUGAACCCGACAUGAUUUCCAUCUUCAUCGGCUCCUGGAACAUGGGAAGUGCCCCGCCUCCGAAAAUCAUGGCGUCGUGGCUGGUGUCGAGGGGGAUGGGGAAAGCCCUGGACGAGAUGACGGUCACCAUCCCGCACGACAUCUAUGUCAUCGGCACCCAGGAGAACUCUGUGGCGGACAAGGAGUGGGUGGACUUUAUUCGAGGCGGCUUGAAGGAGUGCACCGACCUGGACUUCAAGCCGAUUGCGAUGCAGACUCUCUGGAACAUUAAGAUUGCCGUGCUGGUGAAACCGGAGCACGAGAACCGGAUCAGCCACGUCAGUACGUCGAGCGUGAAGACCGGCAUCGCCAACACCUUGGGUAACAAGGGAGCAGUUGGCGUUUCCUUUAUGUUCAACGGCACGUCGUUUGGGUUUGUUAACUGUCAUUUGACAUCGGGUAACGAGAAGACUGCGAGGCGGAACCAGAACUACCUGGAUAUCCUGAGGUUGCUCUCUCUGGGAGACAAGCAGCUCAGCUCCUUUGACAUCUCCUUGCGCUUCACCCAUCUCUUCUGGUUUGGCGACCUCAACUACCGGCUGGACAUGGAGUUGCAGGACAUUCUGAAUUACAUCAACCGGAAGGAACUGGAGCCUUUGCAGAAAGUUGACCAGCUCAACCUCGAGAGAGAGAAGAACAAGAUUUUCCUUCGAUUCUUUGAAGAGGAGAUCACCUUCCCUCCGACGUAUCGUUACGAGCGAGGUUCCCGGGACGUGUACGUGUGCCACAAGCAGAAACCCACGGGGAUGCGCACAAAUGUCCCAUCGUGGUGUGACCGAAUCUUGUGGAAAUCGUACCCUGAGACCCACAUCAUUUGUAAUUCAUACGGCUGCACAGACGAUAUCGUGACCAGCGACCACUCGCCCGUCUUCGGUACGUUCGAAGUUGGCGUGACCUCUCAGUUUGUGUCUAAAAAAGGCCUGUCAAAGUCAUCUGACCAAGCCUACAUUGACUUUGAGAACAUUGAAGCAAUUGUUAAAACAGCCAGCAGGACCAAGUUCUUCAUUGAGUUCUACUCGACUUGCCUGGAAGAAUUCAAGAAAAGCUCGGAAAAUGAUUCGCAGAGUAGUGACAACAUCAACUUCCUGAAGGUUGGCUGGUCGUCGAGGCAGCUGCCGACGCUGAAACCAAUUCUGUCCGAUAUCGAAUAUCUCCAGGAUCAGCACCUGCUCCUCACCGUUAAAUCACUGGAUGGUUAUGAAUCUUACGGUGAGUGCUGCAUUGCCCUGAAGUCCAUGAUCGGCAGCACCUCGCAGGUGUUCCUCACCUCCCUGUCUCACCGCGGCGAGGAAUCCGGCAACAUCCGCGGCUCCAUGAAGGUCCGCGUGCCGGCGGAGAGGGCCGGCACCCGCGAGCGGCUUUACGAAUGGAUUCGCUUGGACAAGGAUGAGACGGGAGCAGCCAAGGGCAAACCAGGAAACCGAUUGAACGCAGACAUGAAAGGGAACCCGAAGAAGCCGGCGUGUGGGGAGAUCGCCACCACCGCCGUGCUGCCGCCUCCGUCGGGGAAACAGUGCGAGGAGCCGGAGAAAGCCGUCUCUGGCCCGGCCCUACGCACACCUCCGCUGUUGCCCGCAGCUGCUCCUGACGACAGGUGGAAGCAGCAGGAGCUACAGUUGGACGCUGACGCGGUGAGCUGCAAGAACAGCUUCAACAACCCGGCCUACUACAUGCUGGAGGGGGUUCCACUGUCCCCCGAGCUGCAGAGUCCCCCCGUGACCAAGACCCCGCUGAAGACCAAAGCCCAGCCGGACAAGAAACGCCUGCCCUCGUCCCGGCCGCCGCUGGCCAGCGAGGAGGCUUCCCUCUCGGAUGAGGAGGGCCUGACGCUGAACCGGCCCCCCCCCGACUACCCGCCGCCCCCCCUGCCCAAGGUGGUGGAGGUGGACAUGGUGGACAACCCCUUCUACGCCUCGUCCAAGGACCUCCAGCGGCAGAGGUCGGCGCCGGUCAGGGACGAGCCGGGACCGAGGAGCGCGGCCUGCAAGCAGCGUCCGCCCGCGGACCCCCCGGAGACCAAAGCCCCCCACCCGCCCAAGCCCCUGGCCAAGGUGGGGCAGCUGAUGGCACCCUACCUGGCCAACCACUGUGGCCCGCCCUACCAGGGGGCAGUGGACGACCGCUCAUACUCCGCCCUGCAGAUGGCCAAGAGCCUGAGCGAUGUGGACUAUCAGCUGGGCAAGGCCGAGGGGCUACUCAGGAACCCCCCACUGCCGGUGAAGGGGGCCCAGCCAACCCGCGGGGGGCUUCUCCCUGACUACGGGAGGCCCUCCGCCUUCCCCCCUCGCUCCAUCAAGGAGAGCAUCGAAGAGGACAUGGCUGAGGAGACCUCAUGCCAAGCGAGCAGCAACAGCUCCAGCCUGUCGCACGACUCCAGCGUGGGCAACUGGCUCCGGCGCCUGGGCAUGGAGCGCUACGAGGAGGGGCUGGUCCACAACGGCUGGGAUGACCUGGAGUUCCUCAGCGACAUCACGAAGGAGGACCUGGAGGAAGCGGGCGUGACUGAGACGUCACACAAGAACAUCCUCCUGGAGAGCCUGCAGCAGAUGGGGAAGUAGCGGGCGGGCGGACAUGUUGCCUUGUUUACCCUGCAGAGGAGAAGUGCCUUAACCGAGACUGUUGCCCUCACAUCUCAGCAGAGUUUCUGAAACUCCAGAGGAAACGUUGACAAAAGACUCAAAACACCACAAGUGACCAGCGCCAGUGACCAGUUGCCCCGAGCGCUGACGGUCGGACUAACCCCACCCCAGGGUGCAGAACUACGCGCUCUGUUCCUUUCCUCCAACUCUCCCCACCCUCCCCACAGCUCGGCCCCCGAUCAUCCAGCCCUUUUGUUUUGGGGGGCUGAGGGGGGAGGUGCCUUAACAGCGAGAAAGACCCCCUUGUUAACCCAAAUCUCUUAUGCAAGUUGUAGGCCGAGAUCACGCCUGUGUGAUUUGAGUCACAGCGGUAGAGUCGCUGUCUCAGUGUCGGAGACCCGGGUUCGACCCUGACCUGCGGUGUUGUGUGUGUGUGUGUGUGUGUGCGCGUCUGUCUUUGUGUCUGUGUGUGUGUGUGUGUCUGUGUGUGUGUGUGUGUGCGCGUCUGUCUUUGUGUCUGUGUGUGCGUGUGUGUCUGUGUGUGUGUGUGUGCGCGCACACGUAUGUGUGUGGAGUUUGCACGUUCUCCCUGGGACCGUGUGGGUUUCCUCCGGGUGCUCCAGUUUCAAGAUUCGAGAGUGUUUUAAUUGUCAAAUGGACCCAAAGCGGAACAAUGGAAUACUUACUCGCAUUAUCCCAUCACAUCCCUGCUGGUGUGUCGACUAAUCGGCCCCCUGUAAAUUGCCACGAGCGUGUAGGGAGUGGAAUAAAAUGUGGGUGCCACGGUGGGGUGGCGGUAGAGUUGCUGCCUCACAGUGCCAGAGACCCGGGUUCAAUCCCGACCACGGGUGCUGUCUGUACGGAGUUUGCACGUUCUCCACGUGACCUGCGUGGCUUGUCUCCAUGUGCUCCGGAUUCCUCCCACACUCCAAAGACGUGCGGGUUUGUAGGUUAAUUGGCUUUGGUAUAAAUGUACAUUGUGUGUGUAGGAUAGUGCCAGUGUGCGGGGAUCGCUGGUGGGUGCGGGCAGACUCGGUGGGCCGAAGGGCCUGUUUCCGCUCUGUAUCUCUAAACUAAGCUAAACUAGAGCGAUUGAUGGCCAGCAUGGACUUGGCAAUCUGAAGGGCCUGUUUCCAUGCUGUAUCUUUCAUCAGUCCCCGCUUCCCACCACUCCCGGGACCAUUGCCGACAGCAUUAUCCAUGCUCCUGGGGAUUGUGUUCGGAGCGGGUGGGGUGCGGGAUUCUCCCGUGCUGCAGCAACAGCGUGCAUCACCGGAUGCCUCUCUCACAGACAGGCAGGAUUCUCUCCCUCCCUCUCUCCCUCUCUCUCGCUCUCUCUCUCUCUCUCUCUCUCUCUCUCUC